AUGGCUUCUGUUCUUGAUGGAGACUCCGCCGCUGGUAUCCAGCGGGUACGCAAUCGUUUCGACGAUCCUAUUGCCAAAGCAGAGCUUUACCUUAGGCGCAAUGCGAGAUCGCUCGUCUCGUAUACCAGCUCGGGUGCCAUUGUACGAGAGAACUUUGCACAAAUUUUGAUACUAGAGCAAACACAUGACAGUCAACUGAUAAGUUAUGUGUCCUAUCCCCGCUUGGCGAAUUUUUUCCAAGGCGACGGGAUGCUCACAACAAAAUUCUUUCCUUGUGACGUCGAUACCACGUCUAUUUAUAUGACGGUCGCGGAUGAUUAUGACAUAGCAAUCGCGCAUUCAGUCCUGGAUGAGAUGUUGACAUACCGAAAUUCGAAUGGGAUCAUUCAAGUGUAUUUUGACCAUGAUCGGCCUCGCACAGACCCCGUAGUCUGCCUAAACGUCCUGACUGCAUUCUACUACUUCGGCAGAGGAUCAGAUCCUCGCAUCGAGGCUACAUUGGAAUGGGUCCACGAUACCCUAUCGGACCGUACAUUCGCCAACGGCACUCGAUAUUACGCCACGGCGGAGACCUUCCUCUACUUCUUCAGCCGGUUCCUUGCUUGCGCCAAAGACCUCCGAGACCGUUUCAGCGAUCUCUUGCGCGACAGACUCAUGGAACGCAUAGGCUGCAAGGGAGACCCCUUGGCGUUGGCCAUGCGUAUCCUGGCAUGCGCGUCGGUGGGGAUAAUAAACGAAGUUGAUGGACGCACGCUGCGAGCAAUGCAGCACGCGGAAGGGCAUUGGGGACCAGGGUGGUUCUACAGAUAUGGGUCGUCUGGGAUUCUCAUUGCCAACGAUGGGCUGACGACUGCUUUUGCGAUCAAUGCUCUCAGGGUUUUGCGUGAUUCCAUGGACGUGCCGUAG